AGUAGUGCGCUGGAUUGGCCUAAAGAUGCACUAAAAACGCAUCAAUUAGUUUGACAGAUAAAACUUCGGAAGAAAGUUCGGUUCGGAAGUCCCGACUUCCGAAUUCUAAGUUUGUGCUACGCCGACAAUAUGCGGUGAAAGAUGCGCGUGCAACGCUAACGUCACUCAUUGUUGUGGAACACUUUCAAAGCUUCUCUGCUGAACAAUUUUAAUUUCAUAAAAAUAAUAAGUAUUCAAGUGUCCAAACUGUAUUUUUAUAUUCAAUCGAAAUGCAAAGUAGCUGUAAGGAAGAACCGCCAUUAGAAAUAUCGUUCCAAGAUAUUGGAGAACUGUCGAGAUCCGGCACCAGACGAUUCCGGAAGCGUCAAAUGUCAUCCGAUGUAGGUUCUGCUUUGCGUUACCAGGAAACAACGAGUACUUCUACCGACGCCAUGAAUCAGUUAUUGCAGCGUUGGGGCCUGGAAGCGUUAUCGGAGAGAUUUGCAGAACAUUUAAUCGACAUGAGCGUGCUGGACUACAUAGUGGAUGUUGACAUUGUUGAUCUGUGCCGGGACUUACCCAUUCGCUACAGAAUUGUGUUGAGGCACAAUCUGCAAAACGGGUACCACAAAGAAAUGAUCAUUGCUGAUCAGUCAAACAAACGGCCGCAUACAAUCAUAUCGUUUGCCAAAGAUCCUGAGGCUCUAAAUCCAGAUUCCCCCGGUCGCAAAAGGAAGAGGAAGAGAAAAUCUCUCACCGACCCGACGGCAUCUGACACUUUGGGAAGCGAUGUGGAACCGACGAAUUUUGUAUCAGUCGAAACGCCAAAUAAUGCCAACUCAUCUGGAACUGAGUCCGGCCAAGAGAAUAUGUCCAUCCGUUCGAUACUCAUCAAAGAACCUAAAUUUCGCCCAAUUCUAAGUUAUCUGGACAAAGGGUCAGUCCCAGAUGCUACCGGAUUGCGUUUCAUGAAUCGUCUUGUGGUAAAUCAUUUCUUCGAGGAGCGAAUAUUGGAGGAAUCUAGCUACCCUAAAAAGCACGAAAAACAAGCAUUGGCUUUGAAAAUACUUGAAGCUUAUCCGCAACUCGAAAGAACACGUAUUACUCCGGAUGCUCCAAAAGAGUCGUUCUUUUUCUGGAAAAAUGGUGGCAAGGAAAAGGGACCGCAUACGGGUCUGAUAGAAACUCGAACGGCCAAUAUGCGCAAAGAAGUGCCUCCGGAACAUCGACGCUAUCAAAGAAAAGAAAGGGGACCGAUCAAUUAUAUUCUACCGGACAGUAUUCGUGAGCAUGCAUCGAAAGUAGCUCGAUUGUCUCCGUUGCCCCCCAAUGAACAAACCAUCACCAAUGCCAUGUCUGAAUGUAUCGAUCUCCACUCAUGUAUUCUUCAGCAGGGCGACUCGGAGCAAACUGAAACAUUGAUAUCGACAUUCCCACAUUUGUUGUCUUAUGAUGGUAAAAUGGUUCAACAAGCGUUCAAGUUACUGCACACAUAUUAUGAUGCAUCGUCUAGAACGGACAGAUUUCUGCUUUUGGGAUUGCUACUGGAUUCAAAGACCUUCAAUAAUAUUGAAAAUAAGUACAUCAGAGGCACACUUCGGAUUAUGAAAAAGUUGAUCAUGAUUGGGAAAAAAGAAGAAGGAGAAGAGAUGUCGACCGACGAAGCCGAAGCCUCACCGCUCAUAAGAUGGAUUAAGCGCAAGGAAGGUGAACAAGAAGCCCAAGCCGUACAGCGCCACGUAAAAGAACGCUCUUACCUUGCCCCUCAUAUCGUGUGCGUGGCAGACGUUUUCAAAGCGGGAAACAUGUUUGUGGUGUUCCAGGGAAAAUAUAUCGCAUGUGGCAAAUCCGCCGCUCAGUCGUUGGAUGUGUUUUUCAAAAUGUUCGCCGUAUUUGGAGUUGCUGUUCCUGUUUUACUCAGAAAGAUACAUGAGCUGCUGAUGGUGUACCUAUGGAAAGUUACUGCUACCUGUAAAACCGCCACCGUCACGAAGGUGAUGACCAGGUUGAAAGAACUGGAAGCGGCUAAUGAUGAGGAUGACUACGAGGACGAAGAUGAGUUGUCAUAGACACAUUUUUUUAUUAUUUUCUCGGAGCAUUAAUUUGAUAGUUGUACUAUUUGUUUCAUAUAUAAGUUAAUAAAACUGCAACUGAACCAAA